AUAAGGUCGAUCAUACAGCCAACUCACUUGAGCUUACAUUAAGAAAAAGAAGGGCGAAAAUUGUAGUACGCGACAUAAAGCGGGGCUUUUGCUAAAAAUAAGUUCAAUUAACUCAGUAAAUUGCUUCGAUUUGGUCGUAGAGUCGUGUGCGAGUAGGCAGGACGGUAUGAUUGCACCCGGUUUGCAAAUUUGCUUCGUUUCGUUUUUCUACGAGACCGUACCUCAUUCCUGUUCCUGUCAUCGUUAUUCAUUCUCGUUGAUUUCGUUCCGUAUUAAAAAGUUUUCCUGUAGAUUGUGAAGCCGUUUACUGUGUCUUCUUGGGAUAAAGAUUUGCAUGGAGGCGGGGGAUUAAAUUAAAAUAUCACGUUCUUCUUAACCUUGUUUUCUACUUACCGAGAUUAUUUUUCCAACCGGCUCUUACGUGUAAUACAUUUCAACGUCUAUGCCAAAAAAAUAACUAAUGGAAUAUUUCCCAACAAGCAAGAUAUCAACUGAAUUGACUACAAACUAAAUGGAUCUUAAAGCACUUUAAAAAAAUUGUCCAACGUAGAAACCCAUUAUGGAAAACUACGCAACACUCCAUUAGAGUAGAUAGAAAUGAUAUAUAUAAAUUAUUUCAUUGAGUGAAAAUCUAAGAGGAUCUAAAAAUUGGAAGUGCUGAAUAAAUAGUUUGCCAUUAAGUAUUCGAUUCCUUUUAUUUAAGAUAACAAUCUUAUUUAAAAGGAAUAGUUAAAGACAAAAUAAAAGGCAAUCCUUGCGUAUAAAAUAAUAAAUUCUGAAUAAAUGGUUGUAUACUCAGAAAUGUACGAUACUUACAGAAGCUAUAAUUGUAUGAUAACGCACAAAUAAGGCAAUGAUAAAAGGAAAUUUGUAGUAUAUCCGAAAAAUUUAUUUUGAGCAAAAUCACAAUACAAAGCUCCUUUGAAGUUAAACAUUGAAAUUAUUCACAACUUUAUUGACCAUUGACAAUUGAUAAAUCGUACUCAAAAUUCUUGUCUCUGUGAUCGUAAAACUGAUUGUAACAGUAGUGGCAAAGAAAAAAAACACAAUUCACAUUAAUAUAAAUUUAUAUAAAUGUAUAUGAUGGACGAGUCACAACCGAAAACGUUGUACGUUGGGAACUUGGACGCAUCAGUAUCAGAAGAGUUACUGAUCGCACUAUUCAGUCAAAUGGGCCCGGUUAAAAAUUGUAAGAUCAUACGAGAACCCGGAAAUGAUCCUUAUGCAUUCAUUGAAUACUCAACUUACCAGGCGGCAACUACUGCUUUGACAGCAAUGAACAAAAGGUUAUUUCUUGACAAAGAAAUAAAGGUUAAUUGGGCCACUAGUCCUGGGAACCAGCCAAAAACAGAUAUUAGUUCACAUCAUCAUAUCUUUGUUGGUGAUCUCAGUCCUGAAAUCGAAACAGAGACGCUUCGUGACGCAUUUGCGCCAUUUGGCGAAAUAUCAAAUUGCCGAAUCGUAAGAGAUCCCCAAACGAUGAAAUCGAAAGGUUAUGCUUUUGUGUCAUUUGUGAAGAAAGCUGAAGCGGAAAAUGCGAUACAAGCUAUGAAUGGUCAGUGGUUAGGUUCGCGCACCAUUCGGACGAAUUGGUCCACAAGAAAAUUGCCACCACCUCGUGAAUCCAGUAAAUCUGGCGGUGGCAUGGGAAUGAAGGGAAAUAUACGACAUACUUUUGAGGAAGUGUACAAUCAAUCCAGCCCAACAAAUACCACCGUCUACUGUGGAGGCUUCCCGCCGAAUGUCAUAAGUGACGAAGUAAUGCACAAGCACUUUAUUCAAUUCGGUCCUAUACAAGAUGUGCGCGUUUUCAAGGAUAAAGGAUAUGCUUUUAUUAAAUUUGUAACGAAAGAAUCCGCAGCACGCGCUAUUGAGCAUACUCACAAUUCGGAAGUGCACGGCAAUCUGGUCAAAUGUUUUUGGGGUAAAGAAAAUGGCGGUGACAAUUCAAUGAAUAACGUGGCGGCAGCGUCCGCGGGCGUAGCAGCUGCAGCCGCUGCCGCCGGCACUAUCAUAUCGCCUGGUAUACCGACAACACAGCAACAAGCAGCUGCAGCCGCUGUAGUUGCCAAUGCUGCUGCGGCUGGAGCAGGAAUACCUGCCCAAAUGAUGACUCAACAACAGCUAGCUGCAGCAGCACAGUAUCCAUAUGCGGCAGCAUACCAACAAAUGGGCUAUUGGUACCCGCCAACAUUGUUUACACCGUUACAGGGCUAUCCGGCCGCUCAAAUGCAAACCCAAUACAUGCAACAAGGAUAUUAUCCAUACACUUACGCUAGUGCUCAACAAGCAGGAGCUGCAGGUUACCGCAUGGUACAGCCAAACGUUGCCUGGGGAGUUCCAGGUGCAGUAGUGCCUGGCGUAACGGCAGCUACAGCUGCGGCUGCUGCAAAUGGAUCGCUGGCACCGCAGAUGAUGUAUAGCGCUGCCAUGCCUCAGUAUCAGGGUCAAUGAACCUGAUAUGCCCGUCAUAGUUGUUGGAGCAAGUGGGUGAUACGAAGGAUGAGUAUAUUAAAAGGCAUCAAAAAAACACCAAGCGAAUAUAUAUGUCCAAAAUAGACGUGAAAAUAGGAAACAAAUAUUUAAUAUCCAGAGUUCAAGUCGUGAAAAAUUAAACCUACUUAUCGUCCCACUCUUAACUCUGUAAUUAUGGUCAGCAUUAUUUUUGUAAAUUAUCAUAAUGCUAUCACCCCCAACAACUGCGCAAAUCGCAAAGUAACUAAAGUGACGCUAAACUCGUAAUUGGAUCAUAGCCAUCUUUGUAUUUAACAUUGGAUAUACUGCGAAAAAAUGAAACGGAACUAAAAAGGAUAGGAUAAAAUAGGAAUGAAAAGAUGACACACGAGGAGGAAUAUCGCCGCGGAAAUAUUAAUUAUUGGACGCAGAGCGUGUCAACAAAUUGUUUCAUUUGAUGGCAGCCGAAAUAAAUCAGUUUCUUAUAACAAAAAAAAACAAAAACAAUACAACGCAAACUUUACAACUUGUAAUAUUCGCUACAAUCUCGAAAAGAAAAGAAAGGAGGAAAAAAAAACAAAAUAAAGAGAAGUUAGAAACUAGGUCGUUGUUAAAUAGAUUAUAUUUAAAAUAAAGAGAACAUAAUUAUAUUAAACGAUCGAAGACAACUACGAAAAGUUAGAGGA